ACCUCUGAAACGUCACAUUUAACCGACAGUCGGUGGUAAACGUGACGUCAUAUCAAUGGGACGCUCUGCGGUCGUGAUCUGAAAAGGAUCAAAUAACGUUAGAUAGUUUUAGUGAUUAUUCUACGCACAGUUUACGCAGCAGGUCGUGGAUACAGGCUACCUGACGUCAAACCGGAGGUGAUUACCAUGUUGAGUGUGGGGCGGGCGGUGAAGUCCGGCAUCUUGCAGCUUCCUGUCCGACUCUCUGGACUCGGGUCGCCGUCAGGAGUCCAGAUGUUCUCUGGACUCGGGUCGCCGUCGGGAGUCCAGAUGUUCUCAGGACUCGGGUCGCCUUCAGGAGUCCAGAUGUUCUCAGGACUCGGGUCGCCUUCAGGAGUCCAGAUGUUCUCAGGACUCGGGUCGCCUUCAGGAGUCCAGAUGUUCUCAGGACUCGGGUCGCCUUCAGGAGUCCAGAUGUUCUCAGGACUCGGGUCGCCUUCAGGAGUCCAGAUGUUCUCAGGAGUCAGGAGGCUCUCCAGUGGUGCAGGUGCAGCAGGCUGGUACAGCAGCCUCUCAGACUCUGCUCCGGUUCACCUGUGUGAGCAUUACUUGGUGAGCGUGCAGCAGGUGAGCGGGCUGCCAUGGUGGCUCAGCAUCAUUGUUGCCACGCUGUCGGUCAGGACGCUCAUCACUCUGCCACUCGCCACCUACCAGAUGGUCAUAAUCGACAAGGUGGAGGCACUGCAGGCAGAGAUCUCGGAGCUGGCAAAGAGACUUCGAUAUGAAGUUUCAAUCAGAGCAAAAGAAAGAGGCUGGACUGAAAAACAGAGCCGAUUUCAAUUCAAGAAAAAUCUGCGUCGAAUUGUUUCUCAGCUCUACAUCAGAGACAACUGUCAUCCCUUCAAAGCCAGCCUGCUGAUCUGGGUUCAGCUGCCCUUGUGGAUUAGCGUGUCUCUGGCCCUCCGAAACCUGAGUCUGGAUCAGUCUGUUCUGCAGCCUGAAAUGGCAUCCGGAGGCGCCCUUUGGUUCCCGGACCUCACCUCACCUGAUGCUACCUGGAUCCUACCUCUCUGUCUCGGACUCACUAAUCUGCUCAUUGUAGAGGUGUUUUCUCUUCAGAGAGUCAGCCCGUCUCGUUUUCAGAGGAUUAUGACAAACUCCGUCAGAGCCGUAUCUGUGUUGAUGAUUCCCAUCGCAGCUACAGUUCCUUCAUCCAUGGCUCUUUACUGGCUCACCUCCAGUCUGGUGGGAUUCGGUCACAACCUCAUCCUUCGUUCUCCAGCGAUCCUCAAAAUCCUCAAGCUCCAAACGGUCAAAUCGGAAACCCCAUACAGAGACAUUGUGUCUGCCUUCAUCAGCAAAUACUUCAAAUAACCUCUGAGUACACAACAAAUACUACUGAUACACACAAAGAGUGUUUAGAGAAGACGUGAUCAAAUGUUGUAUAAAGCUCAAGUACUCUGAUAUAACGUGUGUGUAUGUAUACAUACUACGUGUGUAUGUAUGGAUGUGUAUAUAUAUGUAUGUAUAUUUAUUUAUGAAAUUAAAAAUAAUAUUAAUAA